UUGCAGAACAGGAGAAGCAAGCGCCGAGAACAAGCAGAUGUGAGCUGGACUACGCAGAGAAGAACCAGCUGCAGUAGAGACGGAAACCUUUGAUUAUACUAAAAUGUGGCAGCCAGCGACAGAGCGAUUGCAGCACUUCCAGACGAUGCUGAAGACCAAGCUGAACGUGCUGACACUGAGGAAGGAGCCGAUGCCCACGGUGAUAUUCCACGAGCCAGAGGCCAUCGAGUUGUGCUCUACCACGCCGCUCAUGAAGAAAAGCACCCAUAACGGCUACAAGGUGACGUACCUGGGCAAGGUGACUAUCUCAGGGACCCAGUUCCUGUCGGGCUGCACAGAGUCGGCGGUGGUGGGCCUGUGGGACCGCCGGGCGCUGGCCCAGGAAGAGCACCUCCCUGCCAACUCCCUCCUGGAGAUCCGCCCCUUCCAGGUGCGCCUGCACCACCUGGACGGGCGCGGCGAGACCUCGGUCACCAUGGACACGUACCAGGUGGCGCGCAUCGCCUACUGUACGGCGGACCACUGCACAAGCCCCAAUGUGUUCGCCUGGAUCUACCGGGAGAUCAACGACGACCUGACCUUCCAGAUGGACUGCCACGCCGUGGAGUGUGAGAGCAAGCUGGAGGCCAAGAAGCUGGCCCACUCCAUGAUGGAGGCCUUCCGCAAGACCUUCCACAGUAUGCGCAGCGAUGGACGCAUCCACAAGAGCGGCUCCUCGGACGAGUUCGCCACCGACGACUCCGCUCCAGACGACUCCACCCCAGAGGAGGACGGCUGAGCGCCAGGGUCGCCGCCGCCCACCUCCCCCGGUUGCAAGCCCGUGAGGGGAGGUGCACAGGGGCAACCGGAGCACUCGCUCUACUUUCUGUCUCUCUCUCUCACUCUACUCUGGUUUAAAGAAAAAUCACGGAACAAAAACUAAAACUGACCGACACACUGACCGCAAACGCUGACUAAAGGAUGACGAGGACGUAGUUUUAAAAAGGGAAAAAUAGGAGGACAAAGGAACAACAGGAGACCUAACAUAUGAGGAAGCGAAACUAAACUAGCUGCCGCUUUGGAUAAAUCGGUCCUCAAACAUCUGGAUUGCCAUUGAAGCGCCUGAUCUGCCCAUAAGGGAUUAGUGAAUAAUGGGUAUAAGACAGUUACAUUCCCAUUCGACACUGUUGUCUGUCCGUCUGUCUGGCUGCAAUGUGCAGAGAGACUCUGCCUCUUUACACCACCUCUCGCCCCUCCCUUCCUGCCCAAUCAAAAACACAGAUCACUUCCUAAAAAUCCCAGAUCACUGCCUCACGUUCUGACUUUAAAACAACAGCACGAGUUACGAGGUAUGCCUGUAGCACUGUUAAAUGUGUGGUUUAAAAAAGAAAGUCUUGACUCUAAUAUAUGUGUGUAAGGUUGCCGGUAGGAGGGAUGUCCUGACAUAUUUAUUAGGCCAUGAGAGCGUCAUCCCUUAUCGAUCACAUUUUGAUUCCUGUUUUGAAGCAUACCAAAAGUGAGUCUUUUAGCUGUGUUUUGUCUGUUGACUUUGUGCCUCACUUCUCACACACCAAGGCUGGUCUCUCAGUCCCGCAGUGCCAAACGUGUGUGUGUGUGUGUGUGUGUGUGUGUGUGUGUGUGUGUGUGUGUGUGUGUGUAGUCGUGCGUGUGUGUGUGUGCAAUGUGUGAUCUAAGAAAAAGGAUGGUCAGGAGAGAGAGCAUGACUGAUAAUGGCCUAGUAAUCCAACUAAAAGUGUAAAACUUCUCACAGCCUUCGCGGCAUCCAUUUUGGGAAGCUCUGCAGGGCUUUUUAAAUUGAAACAGUAAUGUGACCAUUUGCCACAUAUUAUUAUUAUUUUUUUUUUUUUUUGGGGUUAUGAAAAGGGUAGGUAAAUGUGAGAGUAACAGAAACAAUGUUCUAGGACCCCAAACACAGCCGUCCAUAAAGAAUGCCUGAAGUCUCUUGGCCUGUGCUGAAUGUAUUAUAGGUCUGUCGUGCUGCAAGCUCCUUGCACCUUUUAGUUCCUUUGUUUUGUUAGUACAUGUCUUCUACAUUGUUAUAUGUGGAUUAGGUGCAGUUGGCGAGGGCAGUUUUCUGUACAGACACCUUAAGGUAACGAUUAUGUCUCGUGGGCUGAAUGCGUAUUGAGUCCAUGAACAGACACACAUUUCUCAGUUUCCCUGUGCUGUUGAAGGGUAAGAGCGGCCAUUUUGGGGCAACUGGAAGUCCCCAUGACACAAGAGCUCCACCCCACCCACCUUUCUAACAAGACUCCUUUGAAUGGACUGGAUGCUGGUACUCACAGUGGGGUGGGUCAUGUAUUUUGUCUGUUGUGACUAAAGCAGAUUUUAUUAAGAUGGCUCUGGUCAGUACGUACAUAUAUAAAUAUAUACAUUGUAUUUGAAACUCAUUCAAUAAGCUUAUGUAAAUACAAAAAAGAAGUAUCCGUUUCCAAAUAUUACAGCAUUAAAUGUUGAUAGCUAUUUUAAAUAAACAACGGGAAAUUAAAGACAGCACCAGUGUUUUAAAGUCAAUUGUGAAUAUGUAGAGUUCCAUAGAACUGGCUGUUAAGAAGGUGUGAGCCCGGGACACCGGGCUUGAAAUGCCAGGAUGAGAGGAGGAGAGAAUGUUUAUAAAGCUGUAGAUUACUGUGUCAUGUCUUGUCUGAAGGCUCAGAUGUGCUUUAAAUGUCUGGAAAUGUUACCAUAAGUGUUUUCUAUACAGUAUUUGCAAAGAUAAAGAAACAAUCACAUAUAAACUAUUUACCAAGACUGACUGGUGAUGACAAGUGUAUUGUUUGUUACGAAAACUUUCAUAUUGAUUCAGGUUGGCUGUGAUGCUUGGCCUCCAUAACAAAUGUUUCUCACAGUACUAGGAAUUGUACAUGUGGGUGAAUUUCAAUGGCUGUUUAUGUAUUAUGUUUGUGUACACAUACAAUAUUACAGCCAGAGGUUUGCUCAAAGCCUACCAAUAA